AGAGUCAAGCAUAUAGCGUAAGCAUGUAAUGAAAUUAGUUUUUGAUUGGCUGUUGUCAUGCAUGGAAGGUUUGUUACUUUAUAUGGAAUUUAAGAAAAAAAAAAGUAAACAAACAAAUCGGCAAAGAGAGAAACAAUGCGAAAAAUUGUUGGAAUUUAUAGCAGAAAAUAUUAAACUGAUUAAAUGACAAAACAAUAAAAAAACAAAUAAGUGAACUUUUAUGGUAAGUAAUGUUCCUGUGUCUCAAAUAUAUGAGAAAUGUGCACAAACAGUUUUUACACGACAAGUGAAUCGAGUGAAUUUCGAAACAAAACCACGACCGAUUUGAUUAGCUCAUGUGAUGUCAAAUGAAAAGAAUAUAGAAAAAAAAAUGAAAAAGUGUCAUACAUUUGCCAUGAGAUUUUAUGAUUCAUGCAAGUUGAAAUUAUAGCUGCUAUUGUGAAAAAAAUAUCAACUUCAAACAUGCGAGUCGAUUGCUGUUAUCUAUAUUUUCAUUGAAUGGCUGAACAUUUUUUUCUCGGCUCAAUCCGUUACGUGGUGCACGAGUUUGUUGUUUUGAAACAUUUGGAGAGAGUUGAAACGUAUUUUCGCUUUGAUAGAAAAACAAAACUAUAUCUCUUUUCAAAGCAAAGCACUGAAUGACAAGUGCUAUCUUCCCGCGCGUUUUUUUUCGCAAACUCUUUCUUCCAAAGACAUAACACACAAAUACAUAUGCGUUUUUCGACUACACUUACAGCAAUAAACACAAGCCAACGAACUUGUAACGAAUACAGUCAGCUGUUGCAACCUACAUUCAAUCCAUGGCAUUCAAUUGCUACACAAAUAUUAUAUGUAAUGCUUAUAGGAAUUGUCCAUCAUUAGAAUAUAGUUAGUUUUUUGUAUACGAUUUUAUAUCUUUAGGUCGUUUUGCAUUAGUGUGUUUAAUUUUUUUUAUAAAUGUUGACGUCACUUGUUGACAAAUGAACGUAAAGAAUGAUGUUGCUGACGCAGCAACAGCAACAGCGCCUGUUUAAUCAUUUCAAUUUGUUUAAAUAUGACAGCUGCGUAGCAAAUACAGAUUUAUUUAUUUUAUUUAUUUAUUACGGAGCCUACAUUUAUGCCAAUAUGUGUUCCCAGCAAGCUGAGAACAUGCUGGUCAGAGACUCAAUACGGCAUAAAUUCCGCCCAUGGUGCGUCUUUUGCAAAGAGAAUUCAGUCAGGGGAGGGAUGAUAUAAAAAUGAGGCUUUCAUACCAGAAUUGGGUCCGGAAAACCAUGGUAAAACCGGCCUGAUUCUGGAAAACCAGGGGAAAUACAAUGAUGAGAGUUUUUGCAAUUAAAGUACGUUAACAUCAAUGAGAAAAAUCAAAUGAAAAGUCAAACUUAAUCUAAAUUGGAUAAGAAAUUUCAUAACAAUGGUCCGAGUAUUUUACUAUUUGAAAAAUAUCUAAAAAUUUACUGCGCGGAACGUAACAGAUGCUUUAGGUUAUUUUUAAACGCGACUAGAGAUUUAGAAUUUUCAAUUUCGACCGAUAUACUAUUGCAAAAAUAAGAUUGGCUACUUUCGUCGAAUAUUUUCUAUUAAAAUUCAGAUAUAUUAUCGCGCCCUUAUUCAUUCCGUUGGAAUGGUUCUACAUACGACACACAAUUCAACGAAUAAUUUUCUAGAACAGUCACCAAUUUUCCCGUUAAGUUUUACAAUUAAAAUCAGAUUUCAAAAGGGAUCAUACACUUUAAACGCAUAUACACAAAUACAUUUUUAAGCUAAUGGUGAAAAUUCGUUUUCCAUUGCACAUUCUGAAUAAAUGUAAUAAACGUGGUGUGCUUCUGUUGACAUGUAAGAUUGCAGCUUGGAUCAAGUGUGUAGUAUCAUCUACACGGAUGAACUCAGAUUUGUGAUGCAUUACAGGCUUUCACUAUGCUUAUGAACGAUCAAUUUCUUUUUUGUACUGAUUUCUUCCAUCCACGCUUAUCAAAUAAUAUGAAUUCAAUCUUUAUUUACUUAUGCAUUAUAUACACAUUGGCUGUUUCAUUUUUGCCCGUACUAUCAGCGCAAAGCCAUACAACAUACUAUGAAUAAUGAGAGCUGAUGUUUUUUUCUCGUUCAAAUCAACUGAUGCAGCGUGUACUGCUGAUACACUUAAUUUUGGCGUGCACAUGUGUGCGCAUUUAAUCAUCAGUUUUAUCGCUCUGUUUCUUUUUUGUUAUUGUAAUCGUCAUAAGUACUAUGUGCGUAUGUGAGCAAAUAACAGAUAUAUUGAGCUCGUACGUUAUUUUCGAUGUAUGUGUGAAUGAUUCUACUAUCUUCUUAUAUUUCGUACUAUUGUUAUAAUGCGAAUGACCACAACAAUGGCGAUUCAUGUGUAUUAAUUUGAGAACCUUUUAAUCAAACAUUCACUCACACACUUCUCAAAUGAACACACUGGGGAGUAUUUUCCAAAUGUUAGGCUGCAACUACAUCAAAUAAGAUCAUAAGCAACGAUCGAAAGCAUUACCUGCUUAGUUGUGCUAAUGUAACGAACUGAUCAAAUCAAUACUAUUUAAAAUUCAACCCAAACGGAAAACUAAUAUUGAUUUCAACAAACAUUUAAAACUAUUGACGUUGUUUUUGUCUUGCCUGACAAACCGACUGAAUUCAUGAGAGUUCAUUGUGAGUUAAUAAACCAACAGCUGAUGUCAUAUUUCGUGAUCGUAAAAAAGGCUCGUGUUUUAUGAAGAUAUUUAGAAGAGGAAGAAAGUCGAAACACGAUCAUAAAUAUCUCUGGAAAUUGUAAAAUUUUCGUGCACGUAGAAAAACUUGGUUAGAACGGUUAUUUAAUUUUCUUCACCAACGCUCAAGUGUUCAAAAAUAUUGUUUCUAAACACAAUAACGGGUGGAAAAAUGAAUUUGUCAUUCGCUGGUUGUGGAUUCCUCGGUAUUUAUCAUGUUGGAGUUGCUGUAUGUUUUAAAAAAUAUGCGCCACAUUUGUUACUUGAUAAAAUUAGUGGAGCUUCAGCUGGGUGCUUGGCAGCUACCUGUUUACUCUGUGAUAUGCCAUUGGGCGAAAUGACAUCGGACUUUUUUCGUGUUGUAAAUGAAGCUCGAUCACACUCUCUAGGGCCUUUCAGUCCAUCGUUUAAUAUUCAAACAUGUUUGCUGGAAGGUUUGCAGAAAUUCUUACCACCAGAUGCUCAUGAACGCGUUAAUGGCCGUUUGCACGUGUCGCUAACACGAAGCUGCGAUGGAAAAAAUAUAAUUGUCUCUCAAUUUGAUAGUCGUGAAGAUUUGUUACAAGCAUUAUUAUGCGCUUGUUUCAUUCCUGGAUUUUCGGGCAUUUUGCCGCCGAAAUUUCAAGGUGUUCGCUACAUGGAUGGAGCUUUCUCUGAUAAUUUGCCAGUCUUAGAUGAAAAUACAGUCACUGUCAGUCCAUUCUGCGGCGAAAGUGAUAUUUGCCCGCGCGACCAAAGUGCGCAACUGUUCCACGUGAAUUGGGCUAAUACAAGCAUUGAAUUAUCUCGACAAAACAUAAAUCGAUUCAUCCGCAUUUUGUUUCCUCCGAAGCCGGAAGUAUUAAGCAAUAUGUGCCAACAAGGUUUUGAUGAUGCCCUUCAAUUUCUACAUCGAAAUAAUUUAAUUAGCUGUACUCGUUGUCUGGCUGUUCAAUCGACAUUCGUCGUACAAGAGGCAAUACCCGAAGAAGAAUUCGAUCCAGAAUGCACAGAUUGCCAGCAACAUCGCAACGCUGCAUUAAUUGGAGAUAUGCCAGAAACUGUUCUAACUGUGUUCCAAACGUAUAUUGAAUCAGCGAAUAAGGGUUUGGCCAAUUGGAUGUUUCGGGGGCACAAAGGAACGAAAAUUCUUCAAGCGCUUUCGUUACCAGCAACACUUCCAGCCGAUUUCGUUUGCGCAACUCUAACAAAGUUGGUGGCAGCCGCUCCAUGUAUACGUGAGCAAUUUUGGUCGCUGAGCAAAUAUGUCUUGAGUCAAUUGAAUGCCAUUCUGAAAGCACGGGGCCAUCCAAAGAUAUCGGGAAAUUUAGUGUCAAUUGAUUUAGCUAAUAAACAGAAAGCCAAGCAUAUUUUAGCACAUCGUUCGUCAAAAAUUGAUGUUUUCCAUAACAACCAAGAUGGAACACCAAAUGUUACAAAAGACUCCCCUGAUUGCAACAGUUGUAAUAGUGAAUUUAAUCCGGCCUAUUCGUUUGAACUUAAAACGAAUCCAACUCAAGGCGAGGUAGAUACAUUCGACCAUAUACUGCAAGUUACAGCCCACCACGAUUCUGUCUAUGCAUACUACUACAUGGACGAUAACAACAAAGUGAAGUUCACAAAAAUUGUUGAUUUAACCGACAGCAGCAAAAGUGGGGGUGAUCAGCAUUCCGAAUGGGAACCUUCCAAAACAGAUUGCACAUAUGAUAAAAAUAAUGUCAAACAUCAUCAAAUCCACGCUCAUGUGAAUGACAACGCAAGCAAUAACAACAAUAAUUCAACAAAUGUAAACAAUAACCAGAAAUUGAAGCGUCAAUAUACUACAAGCGAAGAUGGCCCUACGAUCAGUGAAGACGAUCUAGAUAAUUUGAUAAACCAAUCUAUCAAUGAAUGGCAGCAGCGCCAAAAAAAUAGUGUCGAUACUGAGAAAGUAAGCAUCGACAUCGAUCUAGCUCAACCGGCUUCAAUCAUUUCGUAAUACGCAACCAAAGUACUUCUAUAAAUGAUAAGCUGUGCUAAUUUUUAAUUUAUUAUUAUUAUAUUCCCCGUCAUUUUUUUAAACUUUCGUUUGCAAUUUCUGAAUUUGAUGCCGUUUGAAGGCUCUAUUUAAAUUGAAGAUUGAUGCUCAAGUGUGCACAAUUUGUAAGUUUUAUGUUUCACUUUGGUGUCAUAAUUUGAAACAAACCAAUGUGUGAAAAAGCGAAAAUGACCAAAGAGAUUUAGAGAAAAUAACUAAUAUGAUCCAUUUACUUAUUUGUCACUGUUGACUGCAAAUAUUGUUUUUUUUUCGGAAAAGUUAUUUUAUUCUCAACCAUUAAUAUAUUAUCGAUCCCUACCGAUAUUUCUCUUUUGAGUUCCAAAGAAAAUAGGUUUUUUCCAUUUUAUUCGCUAGAUUUCGUUGUAAAAAUUUUAUUACCACACAUUAUUCACUUAGUUACGGAUUAAAUAAUAAUUUUUAAAAUUAUAAUCUUUUUUUCAAA